AUGUCAAUCUAUCUAUCUAUCUAUCUAUCUAUCUAUCUAUCUAUCUAUCUAUCUAUCGUAUGUUCAUAUCUAUCUAUCUAUCUAUCUAUCUAUCUAUCUUCUGUUCAUAUCUAUCUAUCUAUCUAUCUAUCUAUCUAUCUAUCUAUCUAUCUAUCUAUCUAUCUUCUGUUCAUAUCUAUCUUAUAUUUGUCUCUUGAUAUAUUUCCCAAUAUUGAUCUAAAUAUUUACAAUCUAUCUAUCUAUCUAUCUAUCUAUCUAUCUAUCUAUCUAUCUAUCUAUCUAUCUAUGCCAUGUAUAUACUUUUGCUUCAUUCGUCGUUCGCGGCAGGGGGGUAUUUUCAGGGGAGUGGGUGGGGAGGUGGUUAAAGAAAAAGCUUCGAAACAUGAAUCACUUCACGCAAGCUAUUCCAAAAUGCAAAUAUGCGCAUACCGGUCGGUGGGCCAAUGCGAAUUUACGACGCGGAGCCGGGCGUCGGGGGGGGGAGGGGUGGAGACUGUCUCACUCUAUAAAUAUCUAGCUGACAGCCUUUAUCUCUCUCCACCCCACACUCUCUCUCUGUCCAUCUCAAACACCCAUUUAAUAUCUAUCUAUCUAUCUAUCUAUCUAUCUAUCUAUCUAUCUAUCUAUUUACGUCCUUGUUUCUACUACGUCAUUAACAUAAACUUUUUUCUCUUUCUUUCUUUCUUUCUUUCUUUCUUUCUUUCUUUCUUUCUUUCUUUCUUUUUUUCUUUCUUUCUUUCUUUUUUGAUCCCUAUCUAUCUUCUCGUCUCUCUUGAUUGGUACAAAUGUGAAAUCGUGACUCCGCCCCUGAGUAUUAAUCGAUGUAAGCAACAGGUCUCCCCCCCCAACACCCUUCGAUCGCUGAAAGCUUUUCGGCAAACACUUCCCCUCUGUCCUCCUCCUCUUUUCUCUCUCCUCUUCUUCCUCCUCCUCUUCCUCUUCACUCACAUUCUAAUCCGUUCCCCCCCCUUUACUCCUUCCUCUUUUUACUUUAGUUUCUCUUUAUCCUAUAUUCAUUAUUCUUGCUCUGUUUCGUCAACGCUGUCCUCUUCUUUCUUUUCGUCACGAGCCUCCUCCUCCUUUUUUCUUCCUGAUCUUUCUUUUUUAUUUAAUCGCUGA